AUGACUAUUGAUUUAUCUUCUAUUGAGAAAUUCCUGUGUAAGCUAGCUACUGAAAAAGUAGGUCCAAUAAUCAAAUCCAAAUCAGGCACCCAAAAGGAUUAUGAUUUAAAAACUGGUUCCAGAAGGGUUGAUAUCGUGACAGCUAUCGACAAGCAAGUUGAAAAGUUGAUUUGGGAGUCGGUAAGAGCUCAAUAUCCAAAUUUCAAAUUCAUUGGGGAAGAGAGUUACGUGAAAGGGGAGACUAUGAUUACCGAUGAUCCUACUUUCAUUAUUGAUCCAAUUGAUGGGACCACAAACUUUAUUCAUGACUUUCCAUUUAGCUGUACUUCUUUAGGACUAACGGUAAACAAAGAACCCGUAGUAGGUGUUAUUUACAAUCCUCACAUUAACCUUCUUGUAUCAGCAUCUAAAGGAAACGGUAUGAGGGUCAAUAAUAAAGACUACGACUAUAAAUCAAAACUAGAGUCUAUGGGUUCUCUAAUAUUAAAUAAAUCCGUGGUGGCAUUACAACCAGGUUCAGCUAGAGAGGGAAAGAAUUUUAAGACAAAAAUGGCUACUUAUGAGAAAUUAUUAUCCUGUGAUUACGGUUUUGUUCACGGAUUCAGAAAUUUAGGAUCAUCUGCAAUGACCAUGGCCUAUAUAGCUAUGGGAUACCUAGAUAGUUAUUGGGAUGGAGGCUGUUAUUCAUGGGAUGUUUGCGCGGGGUGGUGUAUUUUAAAAGAGGUAGGCGGUCGUAUAGUGGGUGCCAAUAGAGAUGAGUGGAAUAUCGGAGUCGAUAAUAGGACAUAUUUAGCUGUGAGAGGAACAAUAAACAAUGAAAGUGACGAACAAACAAAAUAUAUCACGGACUUUUGGAAUUGUGUUGAUGGCCAGUUAAAAUAUGACUGA